ACAUAGAGAGCAUACGUAUAUAAGAGCAGAGCGUUGGAAGAAAAGGCAGAGAAAGAAACGCAUUGGACGUAAUGGAAUCCUCCGGUGCGCAUUUCUACCGUUGGCAUCCUUCAUCCUCCUCUUCUCCUUCUUCUUCUCCAACCGAAAUACCUUCCAGUAACAUCUUCAUAAUCGGUGUCUCUGGAGGUACUGCAUCGGGGAAAACUACAGUGUGUGAUAUGAUUAUUCAACAGCUGCAAGAUCACAGAGUUGUUCUCGUCAAUCAGGAUUCGUUCUAUCGUGGUUUAACAAAUGAUGAGUGCAAACGCGUUCAUGAGUAUAAUUUUGAUCAUCCUGAUGCAUUUGAUACAGAGCAACUUGUAGAAACACUCAUCAAGCUUAAAUCUGGACAGUCAGUUCAGGUUCCUAUUUAUGAUUUUAAGCUCCACCAGAGAGCUUCUGAUAGACACCGACAGGUUAAUGCAUCUGAUGUAAUCAUUAUGGAGGGUAUAUUGGUUUUUCAUGAACAACGUGUCCGCGACAUGAUGAAUAUGAAGAUAUUUGUUGAUGCAGAUCCGGAUGUAAGGCUUGGCCGCAGAAUAAAACGAGAUACUGUUGACAGGGGUAGAGAUGUGCACUCUGUACUAGAACAGUAUGCUAAAUUUGUUAAGCCUGCCUUCGAUGAUUUUAUUCUUCCAACCAAAAAGUAUGCGGACAUAAUCAUACCUCGUGGGGGAGAUAAUCAUGUAGCAAUUGACUUGAUCGUUCAACAUAUCCGCACUAAGCUUGGGCAGCAUAACCUUUGUAAGAUAUAUCCAAAUUUGAAUGUUAUACAGUCUACUUUCCAGACUAGAGGCAUGCACACUCUUAUCCGUGAUAAGGAAAUAUCAAAGCAUGACUUUGUUUUUUAUUCAGAUAGGCUAAUUCGUUUGGUAGUGGAACAUGGUCUCGGUUACUUGCCAUUUACAGAGAAACAAGUUACCACACCUACAGGAUCAAUUUAUAUUGGAGUCGAUUUUUGUAAGAAAUUGUGUGGAGUAUCUGUUAUUAGAAGUGGUGAAAGCAUGGAAAAUGCUCUCCGUGCAUGCUGUAAAGGAAUAAAAAUAGGAAAAAUUCUCAUCCAUCGAGACCGUGAUGAAACUCAGCUUAUUUAUGAGAAGCUCCCUAAAGAUAUUUCAGAGAGACAUGUUCUUCUCAUGGACCCAGUACUUGGUACAGGCAACAGUGCCAGCCAAGCAAUCGAGCUUCUUAUAAAAAAGGGAGUUCCAGAGUCACGGAUAAUUUUCCUCAAUCUAGUCUCUGCUCCCGAGGGAAUACAUUGUGUAUGUAAACUUUUUCCGCAACUGAAAGUUGUCACUUCCGAGAUUGAAGAAGGACUAAAUGACCAGUUUCGUGUCAUUCCUGGAUUGGGAGAAUUUGGUGACCGGUAUUUUGGUACAGACGACUCCUAAACGCGAGGGUGAGCUAACUUCAAAAACCCGUAAAACCCAAAAAAAAAUGAAGGCGGAAAAUAUAUUGGAAUUUUACAGUGUAUAAUAUUAAUAUCUCCUUAUAACUAUAAGGCUAUAAUCAUGAACAAUUGCACCAAAAGAAAGGAGAAGUUUAUUUUAAAUUAAGUUUAUUAUCCAA